AACAGUAGGCGGUCGGCGAGUACUAGUUGGAUAUGUUCGCGCUGAUUCGGUUUUUUCUGUGUUGGACUGUCGUGAGCCAAUUGACGUCGGCUGAUAACAAUGCAACGGGAGCGCCGACGACCAUGUCCCCGGAGCAGAUUGAAGAAUUCAAGCGCAAGUAUUCGGCGGAGAAGCUGAUUCUCGAUGAGCACAUCAAAGAAGAUCUCAAGAACCUGAUAAGUCUCGAAGGUGCCGGCGCUUUGACGGAGCAGGAAGCCAUAUUCUACGCUCUCAGGAUGCAUGAUUUCGAUCAGAACAAUCAAUUAGACGGACUCGAAAUUCUCACGUUGAUCAGCCACGCAGGUCAUGUCAGCGGAGAGAAGGUCGCGGUCGCUGUCGACGAGUUCCUUAAGUUCGACAACAACGCCGAUGGCUACGUGAAUUACGGGGAAUGGAUACAGGGGAGCAAAGCGAGAAGAGAAAGAACAACACAGGGUGGUAGUCGAUAGACUUGUUUUGAGCCAAUUGAGAAUAAUGCUGCGCGUGUCGUUUCCGGUCGACGAGUGUUGAUUGUUCAUUCACGUCAUUCCUCCCGAAUAUGUGGCCAUCGAUUCGCUCACUGCUCGUCAUCUGUGGUCUGAUCAGGAUUCCGCGCAUCUCAUACAGUCUCCUGUGCCGCGUACAACUGCUUCUAGUCUUCUCCGGGUGCUUACUACCGAGUAGCGCGAGAUGACGGACGUCCGACGGAGUAACGCUCAUCCCGAUUGAUCAGAAUCAUCAUGCAGAGACCGAGAGCUCUCAGCAAAAUCACAUCAUCCGUCUAUCUGGAAUCUGGAGUUCGAUUGAGCAACCUUUGAGACUGAAUAAAGAUCUCGUA